UAGUAAAUAAUAAUAAAGAACAAUAGUUACAAAUAAUAAUAAAAAAAAUAAUAAUACAAUAAAAAAGUGAAUGAAAAAAGACAGAAAAUUGUGAUGAGGAAAAUAAUUUAACUGAAAUGUGCAACUUUAAUGAAAACGUUAUCAUAGUUAGAAAAAAGUUUCAAUCUGAAUGUUCAACUACGGUUUGUGUGGUUUUGUGUUCGCAAGUUGAAAAUCGAACUAAUUGAUGGCUUUCAAAGGAAAAUUUGAUUAUUAGUGAAUGAUCCCAAUUUCUAAAGUUAGCAGUUGGUUAAAUCGAAAUCAUGAAAGCGGACCCUACACUUGGAACUGAUAUUCGAUGGAUGCUGCAUCUUCUUCAAAUUCCAAUUUUUCUCAUUUUUCUACUUUUCACAGAUAUCGAGGCGAUAAAUAUAACGACAGUAAAUAUACCAAAAGUGGUGAAAGCUGGAACUGAUCAGCAUGUUGUUCUUGAUUGUGUCUACAAUAUGGGUAAUUCACCAAAAACAGGCCUCGUAAUUAAAUGGUUUGUUAAUCAAGAUUUAUUGUAUCAAUGGAUACAUGGGAACAUGCCAAUGGGCUCAGAUGAAUUUCAAAAAUAUAUUGACGAAUCAUAUAAGGCGAGCAGCGACCCAGAUACAAUGUAUCGUGCUGUCAAGUUAGUUCGUCCGGGACAUGAGCUUUCCGGUAACGUGAGAUGUGUCAUCUCUACGCAAUACGAUGAGGCUGAUGCAAGCAGGAAAAUGCUGGUUUACUCUGCGGAGAAACUUUUGCGAUUAUCGCACUCGAGCAUUGAUCCAGAAACGAAUCAAGUCACAGUUAGCUGUAGAGCCGAAGACAUGUUUCCAAAACCAACUAUCAUCAUUAGACAAGACAAAGAGCCAAUAAUGGAUCUAAAAGUGAACUACAAAAAUAAUACUGAUGGUAAAAUCAGUGUUGAAGCAAUUGGUGUUUUAGAUAUUGAUAAAUUACAACUGCCAAUAAUUUUACAAUGUGAGGUCCUCAUUCCAGAGGCAAAUUAUUCUUCCGUUCAAGAAUACAUUUACAAUGGCGCUGCCAUAUUGAGGUCGUCAUUUUUAUUAAUCGUCAUUGGUUAUCUAAUCACCAGGAGACAAUAACAUAAAUUACAAAUUCUUAGUGUAAAUUAAUUUUUUUUUUCCAUAAAAAAAAGAAAAUUUUGUAUAAUGCAAUAAUUACGUUUCGCACCAUCUUUACAAAAAAAAAAGAUAUAGCAAAGCAAUUCUUUCAAAUUUGAAUAAACUUUUGUAAAACAUUUUCCUAAACUAAAAACUAAAAUAAUUUGAUGAAAUUUUAAAGAAAUUCAAAUUAUAAAUGUCUACCAUUUUAUAAACAAAAAAAAAUUUAUUGAAUAACUCUAAAAAAUUGUUAUCAAAUAUGUCAGUAAUAUUAACGUUGUCGUUUUAAAGUGUUAUUGCAUUUUUAUUUACAAAAAAAGCAAACGAGCAAAAUGAAAGAAAAAACAAUGUUAUAAAAUAUAUAAAUAUAGAAAAAAACAACUUGUGCAUGUCACAAUGCUUAAAUUAUAACAAUUUGCGCAAAAGAAAAUUAUU